GGCGCGGGCGGCGCCAAGAUGGCGUACGAGACCUUCCGGCAGCAGUACCUGCAGGUGCCGCCCGUGACGCGCGCCUACGCCACGGCCUGUGUCCUCACCACCGCCGUCGUGCAAUUAGAGCUAAUCACACCCUUUCAGCUGUAUUUCAACCCCGAAUUAAUAUUUAAGCACUUUCAAGUAUGGAGGUUGAUCACAAACUACUUAUUCUUUGGACCAGUUGGCUUUAAUUUUUUAUUUAACGUGAUCUUUUUAUACCGCUACUGCCGAAUGCUCGAGGAGGGCUCGUUCCGAGGGCGGACAGCAGACUUUGUAUACAUGUUCCUUUUUGGAGGAUUUUUAAUGACUCUUUUUGGGCUGUUUGUGAACUUGGUUUUCUUGGGUCAGGCCUUCACAAUAAUGCUGGUGUACGUGUGGAGCCGCCGGAAUCCCUACGUCCGCAUGAACUUCUUCGGGCUCUUCAUCUUUCAAGCCCCCUUCCUCCCCUGGGUGUUGAUGGGCUUUUCCCUGCUUCUGGGGAACUCCAUCAUUGUGGAUCUCCUGGGCAUUGCUGUUGGGCACAUAUAUUUCUUCUUAGAGGAUGUCUUUCCCACUCAGCCUGGUGGUAGAAGGCUUCUGAGAACACCAUCUGUCCUGAAAGCAAUAUUUGACACUCCAGAAGAGGAUCCCAAUUACAAUCCUCUGCCAGAAGAGCGACCCGGAGGAUUCGCGUGGGGCGAAGGGCAGCGCCUCGGAGGGUACUGAGUGUCUGUGCCAACACCAGCCACACCUGGAAGAGACUGACCUGAAGGGGACUCUCUCAUCUCCCAUCACAGAAAGGACCCUUUUUGACAGCUCUAUGGUUUUGAAUAAAAGCACUUUAUGAAAUGGCAAUCUGAUCCAAGACACUUCCAGCCUACCAGUGUCGUUCCCAGCCUGGGAAUCGAUUGAGCUGGUCAUGGAAAUACCAAUCUAGUGGAGCCAAAAAUGUAAAACUGGAAACCAUUUCCUGUUGACUUCAGUUACCAAGACCACAAGUACUUGUUUGAAAUGAUUUCUAAAGCAUUUUUUUUCACGUUAUUUGAUACAGGAAACUCUGUGGGGAACUUUACAGGGGAUACAAGCAGCUUUUUUGAGUUUUAAUUCAUUUUUGUAUUCUUGGAUAAAACAACUACAAGAUGGCUGAAAGUGUAAGUCCCUGUUUCAAUGGCAAAAGGUGUUUUCAUCUGAGAUGCUCUUAUCUCCAGUCUUGUUUUGAAUUGUUAGAAGUACAACGUGCAGCCUAAGGCAGGCCCUUCCCUUUGCUAGGUGGGUUGCUGGAGCAUAGCUCUGCCUGACUGCUCUGGCAGGAUGAGACUACAUCUUGACAGCAUUUCCCUUAAAGACUCUCAUGUUUAGGUGACCAGGUUUGAUUCUGACUGGCUUGUUCUAAACAACCCACCUGCAUACUUCUGAGGGUUAUUAAAUGACUUGGAGCAUUAGGGAAGAAAACUUGUCUGGAGUCAGAACUGCUCAAAUAUCUCGGAUGAUGAGUUGAAUAAAAUGUUGUGUGGAUC